AUGGCACAACAGGUGGAGAAGGAGAGGGAGCUGGAGCUUCGAGAGAAACUAUAUGAACAGCAAAGAGCCCUGGAGGGAGAGCAUGAGGAGGCACUGCAAGUCCUCCGGGCCUCACACGAGCAGGAGAAGGAAGCCCUCACCCACUCCUUCCAGGAGGCCAAGGCAACCCUGCAGGAGACCAUUGAUGGACUGUCCUCACAGCUGGAGGUCUUCCAGGCCAAGAUGAAGAGGGUAGAGGAGUCCAUUCUGAGCCGAGACUAUAAGAAGCACAUCCAGGAUUACGGAAGCCCCAACCAGUUCUGGGAGCAGGAACUGGAGAGCUUACACUUUGUCAUCGAGAUGAAGAACGAGCGUAUCCAUGAGCUGGACAAGCGGCUGAUCCUCAUGGAAACAGUGAAAGAAAAAAUCUGAUGUUGGAGGAAAAGAUCACCACUUUGCAGCAGGAGAAUGAGGAGCUCCAAUGUCCGGGGCCGCAACCAGAUGGGUAUGUCAAGGCAGCUCCGGAGGACCUGCUUCUCGCCCGCGAGGCCCUGGAGAAGGAGUGCCAGUUGCGGCGACAGCUCCAGCAGGAGAAGGAGGAGCUGCUAUACCGGGUCCUCGGGGCCGAUGCUUCCCCCGCCUUCCCUCUGUCCUCAGUCACCCCACCCGAGGUCUCCUUCCCUCGCCAGCUAGGACGCAGGGCCAGGACGCCUGUGGUCACAGCGCCCUCUUGAGGAUUUACCAGAGAAGACAGCGGGGGCUCUCGUUCCAUGCCCAGGAGGGGCGGAGGGCAGGAGCGAGAGGGCAGCCAGGGUGUGAGCCCAGGGAGCCUGAGGGCUUGGGCCGUGCAGGAUACCCACCGGCUUUGAGGCCCCAGAAGCACCUCCCCUGAGUUGGCCAGGAAACAAGCAAGAGGAAGUCCUUCAUCCCUCCCAGUUCUCUCCGUCCAAAUCAGGGAAGUCCCGAGCUUUUCCCAGGGGCAGCCAGUGCCACUGAGGCCAUCUGACGAAGAAGUGACAACCCACUGGUCCUGACUUGUCAGCUCCCCCCCUCCCCGAGAUGUUCCCACCUCUGGUCGGGCCCUCCCUCAGCCUCAGGUUACCUCUCCUCUAAAACAGCCAGGGGAACCCAGCGAAUGAUACUUGAGUCACUACAGUGCCCCAUUCUAGGAUGGUGCGAGGCUCAGACCAGGGGCUGGGGGACUGGGAAGGAAGUGGCCCACACCCUGGGAAUCAACAGGGAAAGGCGGGCCGCUGGUAAGGGGGUCACUGGAGGCCCUUGGGGCUGGGGCUGGGUAUGGUGUGGGGCAGGCGACUGCUCCCGGUCCCGGAGUCUUGCUCAGCCCAGGGGUUAAGCCAGAGCAACUCCUCAGCCCUCCUGGUCCCUCAGUCUCAGUGACACCCGGGUACACGCAGAGCUGGGACCUCAUCCCUAUACCGACAAGGAAACCAAAGUGGGGAGUGGGGCCCCCAAAACAAGGACUAGGACCUCCUCGGUCAUCCAGCUCUUCGUGUGUUGUGCUUGUUUUCUCCCCAGGCUCCGGAAGGAUCAGAUGUGUGACUUAGUCUUUCUCCUCUGACCUCUACCUGCCCCACUCACUUCCGGUCCCUCUCUUACUCCUCCCUAUCUUGACUCCUUCUACCACCCCUAAUGCCAGGCGCCAGGACCCCGGAAUGUGGCCCUCAGCUUCCCCAUCCGUGCAGAGGGGCAGCUAGAGUAACCAAACUCAGCAUGCCUGUCCAGCCCAGACCGUCUGUGGGUUUACUGUUCUUCUCAGGAAGCUUCAGGUCAUCUGGAUGCCAUCAUGAUAAGCCCUCCCCUGCACAGAGCAUUUUAACUCAGUGCUCUCAGCUACACUUCCCUCCUCUCAUCUGCCUAAGAUUCUUGAAGCCGGUUCUCAUCCCUCUUCAGCAGCAGAGCAAACAGAUCACAGGAGCCAGAGGGCCUUGCCUGAGAUCCCUCAGCAAUAGCCCCACGCCCCAGGCCAGCAAGUAAGAAAAGACAAUCCAGUAGAACGGAGGUUUCCUCCAUCAUCCCAGAUCUCAGACUGCCUUCUUUAUUCCCCUGGAUAUGGUCUGGUCUUUAGCCAUGUGUAGUUCUGGGAGUUCAGAUGCGACUGUUUCUCCAUUCCUCCCCUAGUAGGGCUAGAGGAGUGCUGAGCUGUUUCUCCAGCCAUAGGAAAACAAGUUAUCUAUCUGGGAGCCUUGGGAACAGCUCUGGAGAGAAGUGCACACAUAGUUCUUCAUGAAACUUUUCCCAAAGCUUGUCUGGGAUACACUCAUUCAUUGCACAUUAAUAGGCAUGACCAAGAAAAGAAUCGAUGGCCAAGUAAUUUGAGAAACUCUAGAUUCAGUCCAGUUAAACAGAUCUGCAAAGUGCAGGACUUCUCAGAACCUUUAAUAUGGUAAUGUGCACUACAAAUUUCCAAGAAGGAAGCAGUGUCCAGCAUUUUCUAAACCUCUGCGACCAAUUUUCUACCCCAGCCUAAGCACUUCAGGCUGCAGAAUGCACUUUAGAGAGCAUGGUUUUAAUUGAGAGGGGCCGGGCUGGAGAAGGGGCAAGUCAUGGGGAGCAGGGUUUCCCUCAAGUAACCCAUGGUGGAUGCAAGGAGAUAAACUGCAGUCAUGGCCUCACACUGGGGCAGACAAGCCAUGGAAAUAAUGGUAUUGUGUUUAUCUGGCCCCUGUGUUUUCCUGGAACGGGGAGGAGGUGGCUCCUCUCUAAGGACCUUUGCCAGUGGCAGGAAUCAUUGAGGAGUAUGGUCUGGGCUUGGGUGACUCAUCAGUGACUCUGUACUCCCUCCUGGACUUCUGGUACCCCACUGGCCCUAGCUUUGCCCAGCCUUGGAGUGGGGCCCGAUGUUGGAGUGAUAGCUGGCCAUUAGAAGAGGUCAUGGGUGGGCAGAGUCUCAGGGGUCAGUGCAAAGGCUCUUUCUGCUCUGCAGGGGACAACGGCUUGGCAUAACAACACCAAGGUUCACACAGUUACCUACCCCUGUUUCUGCCCGCUGCUCCACACCAGGAUGCCUGCAGCCAGGGACAGAGCUAGGAAGGGGCAGGGGACACAUGAGAGCUUCUGGUUACACGGACGCGGGUGGUGGCAGUCCCCGUGCCCUGAAGGUUGGUAGCCCUGCAGGUGUAGAUGCCAGAGUCCCCAGCCCGGGCCUCUUCCACAUGCAGGGUACUCCCUGCCUCCUGCUGUACCUGGCCCUCUUGGCGAACGACACUGGCCCACUCGCUGACGUAGGGGGGUCGGCCCAGCUGCAGGGACAAAACAUAACUGUCCAUCAGCUACCCCAGGUGUCAUCUCUGACUUAGGCACCAGCAGGCAAGUAAGAGGUACUGUGUCCCUUCAGGGAAAGGGAGAGUGACUCGCCCAAGGUCACACACAUAUAUCAGAGCACCUGAAAGGCCAGGUUCUUUGUGGGAAAUGUGGGCUUCUCAAGUCCCUGGGGAGAAGCUGGGGUCUCCUCUCCUACUCAAGGAGACACAGGAAGUGACUUGGCUGGGAGCAGCACCCCGCGGGUGGGUUUUGCGGCACUCUGGUUUUGUGGGGUUGUUAAUGGGUGCUGCCUCCCCAGAGAAGGGGAGGUGGGGUUCUAUUAUGAAAAUUGUUUUGAGAAACACUGAGUCAAGUAAAAUUAAACUGGGGAGACUCCGGCCACUGAGUCUGUCACAUGUGCAUGUGAGUUUUGAAUCUCCGAGGCAGGCGAUGGUUAUAAGAGGCAGUGUUUUCCUAAAAGCACUUUUUUGGGAGGUUGGGGCUGGACUUUCUGGUAUGCUACCAUUCCAAGGAACAUGUUUGAGGAAAUGCUAGCACAGUGAAGCCAUGUCUCCCAACCAUGAGUGUGUUCUUUACCGCUUGCUGGGUCUCAGUUUCCAUUUUUGACAAAUGGGAGGAUUAUCCCCCGUUCGUUCCCUCCUAAGGCCUCUGGGGAGCUCACCUUCACCUUGUCUUUGCUGGGUCCAGCCCACCCUCUGAGGCUCAUGUCAAAUCCCACUCUUCCAGGAAGGCUUUUUAAGAAUUCCUGAAGUUUUCAGUGCUGGUGGAUCUGCUUUUUGACCCAGGUGCUCCCCAGAUGUUUGCAGGCUGUGGGGCUAAGUUCUCUGAGAGGAAGGAACAUCACUAUCACCUCUCCAACAACCCCUUAGGAAGGUCUGGCCCACGGCAGAUGCCCAGGAGACAGUUGCUAAUGUAUUUUGUUCAUCUCUUAUUAUACACACACUGGCCACAGGGACUGAGCACUUGCCUCGGCUCUGUUCUCAUGAGAUUUGGGCCAGUCUGGUCUCAACUCAAAUGUCACCUCAGAGAAGACUCCUUGACUCUAUCUUAAGGUGCUAUCGCAUCCGUCCUGUCGUAUCCUCAGGGUAGCACUUAGUAUUCUCUUGAUGACCGUGUUCAUUUGCCACUGUAAGCUUGCAGACAGCAGAAGCCAUAUCUCUUUUCGCCUCAUCCUUGUGGUCUCAGCACUUAGCACAGUGUCUGGCCUGUGGUGGGUGCUCCGUAAUUAUUGGAUAAAUUAACAAAGGAACGAAUUUUAUACAGUAGCCUGAGAAGUAGCUCUAUUUAACAAAUGAGGAAAUUGUGGCCCAGGAAAGGGAAGUGACUUGCCCAAGGUCACACAGAGAAGCAGUGUCAGGUUCCUCUGAAUCUUAGUCAAGCAGUGGUUCCGCUCUGUCAUGAUCACUCCUGAUCCUCCUCCUAAUUCCUCACCCCCAUGCUCCUGCCCAACACACCGUCAGCGCGCGCGCACAUAUGCACACACACACACACACACACACACACACGGCCUCCUCUUACCCUCGGCUUACCUUCUGCCCUGGAUAUUCCCAGAUAAAGUCCACAGCAAUGUCUGGCUCACCCAGAGCCGUGCAGGUCACACUGAAGUUCUCUCCCAGUUGGACUGAUGUUGCUGAAGCUUGGAUGGUGGGUUUGGGGGAGGAUGACGGGUCUGCCAUGGAGAAGACGGGAGAGAAAUGGGAACAAACAUGUUGAACUGAUUGUUGGAACCACUGAAUGAAAUGAAUGGGUGGAAUGAGUAAGGUCCCAGAGGGGAAUGGUUGGGGUGCUUGAAUUGAUAGGGGAUGGGUAGAUGAUGGAACUGGUGAUCUAAUGGAGGAUGGAUGAAUGGAAUGGUUGGCUUGAGGGCAGAUGGAUGGAUGGAAUAGUGUGACAUGAUUGAGAAUGAGUGGAUGGACAGAAAGCCUGCACUGAUGCAGUGUCGAUCAAUGGCUGGCUGACUGGCUGCCUGUCUGGACAAGAUGGUUGACUACGUGGGGUGUUCUUGAAAGCUGGUUGGUUGUUCAGCGUUCCGUGAUCCACAGAACUCAAAUCUGAAGUCCCUAAGAGGUAUCUCUCCCCAUAUCCUCCCUCGCCCCACCCACCCCAGCCCUAGGCCCACGCACACUUGAUGUAGAUCAGCAUGUACUUGGUAGAGAUUUGUCUCAAGCCACCCAGGCUGGCCAAGCAGAAGAGGGCUCCAGCCAAGGAAGCUCGGGGCCGGUGGAUGGUGAAGCCCUUCUUACGUCAAAGGAGAUUGUCUACUCCCAUCCACUGGGACUUCCUCCGGGGGGAACUCCCGAGUGCAGUGUCACGUGGGCCAGAGGGUUGGUCACCUGGCAGGGAAGCAGGACUGGUUGAUGGCUGUGCAACUGCACACUUAUAAUAAUCCUCGGUGGGGACAAAGAGUUCCUCUGGGUCUGGGAAGGAAGGAGGGAGAGAGACGAAUGAGCUUGGCACAGAGUAGUUGUUUCCUGAUGCUCUACCACCGCCCAUGAACAUGAGGUCCGUCUCGGGGACUUCAAAUCCCUCUUUCCCUGCCCAUUCCUGCCCUGGGGUGCUUUUUCCUCUCUGGUAAGGGCUUCUAAGACUGACAGCUGAAGACCAGCCUGCUAGUUCCAGCUUUGUCAUUUUGACUGACGUUCUUGGAGACCUGACUCCGGGGCACCUGUGAAGAAGAUGAAGGUCUUUCCCUGGCGGGCCUCGCCUUCUGCGCCCUCGCCAUCCUGGCAGUGCUGAGCCCAGCAGCUGUAUUCCCCCGUGUCCGCGCCCGUGGAGUUGACCAGCUGCAGCUGGCUGUGACGGCUGAAGUGCUUGAUUCUGAAAGACAGGUGUGGGGCUGGGCCAGGGUGAGGCAGGCAGGAGACAGGGAUGGCCUGGGACACCUAGUGAGCAGCGUGGAGUCGUCUGAGAGUCCCCCUCCCCAGCUUUCAUCACAUGGCCCACUCAGUCUUCUCCCUUCCCCACUUAGGCUGUAAGGGUUUCUGAUUGCUCGCCUGUCUCUCUGGCCUCAUGCACAUCUUCUGAUUGGUCCAUCUACCCCUCACAGACCUUGUCCUUGCGUCGCAAAUGGCAUCGCAAACGGCAUCCCCCAAACUCCUUUGUUGUCCUUGGCUCCUUCCCUGUGUCUCGCUCUUCAGGCCAGUAAAUGCCCUCUAAGCGACUCUACCCCCUAAAGGAGGCAGGGUUCCAGGAAAUCUCACCCUAAGAGGCUGAAUUGAGAGAAGGCGGACAAAUCUCCUGAACCCUUUUAUGUCCCAGCCUCUGCCUGAUUUUCUUCUGGACCUGGGGUGAGCGAUGCUGGUGGGGUCAACUCUGCCUUCAUUUCUGCCUCCCCUAUGAUGUCGUCCCUGACAUAAGGGCGUCUCAGCCCAACAUUCCGGCACAGAUAGGUCAGACAGCCUGUCCCCCGUACUACUGCCACCUUUCUCCCUGCAGGCACCAUUUGCUGCCCCCAGAAUUGACAUCCCGGAUUGUGGGAAGCCAUGGCUCUCAUUCUGUUAAACUGCUCCGCAACUGGUGGGUCUCGUGAGCCCAUCUCACUGUUUCUUUCAGAUGCCUGUAGUCAGAGGAGCUACUCCAUCGCAUACCUCAGGCGUUCCUUGCCCUCCUCUUCCAGGUAUACAGGCACCCUCCAGUGGACCACCUUGCCCCGGCAGCGAAGCUCCAGGGGAUCCCCAGCCCGCAGGCUGAGAGAGUCCCCCACCUUCUGGAAGCGGCCCCUCCCUAACACCAGGGUCAGAAUGGAGGAGGCUGGGAGGCUUGGGGCUGCAGCCUCCAUCUGUAGGGUCUUCUGGCUGAGGUCUGCUUUGGGUUUUUUCCCACCUGGGGCUCCUGGGGGCUUCACGUCUCCAGGGCUGGCUGCUUUGAAGGCUCUCUUUUUCUGAGCCUUGGGAGUUCUGCCAUGCUCCUGGAUUUCAGCUGUGGAGAGACAGGGUGGGUUUGGGGUCACCAGCCUUCACUGUUCAUCGCAAAUGGGGUCCUCUCCUCACCCCAGCAGUUGAUAGAACCUCAGAGCUCUGUUACCCUUUAUGCUUAUUACUACUACAAAGGUAAUCCUCACUCUGUGAUAAAAUACAGACAACCCUGAGAAACAGGGUUAAAUUUGCCCCAAAACUUACCAUCCAGAGAUAACCACCAUGAGUAUUUAAAGCAUAGUUUUCCAAUUUUCCAUUUUUAAUGCACAUAUUUUGAAGAAAUGGUCAAAAAAUAGAAUGGAACAGGAUAACACAUAUUUUUAAUAACCUACAUUUUCACUUAGUAAUAUGUUGUGAUUAUCAUUCCAUGUCAAUAAACAUGUAUACUAAAA